AAAGCAAACCUACAUUGUACACUACUCGAGUUCUCUCCAGCGUUUCUUUGUGUAAGCUUGUCGAGUCCUAACCAGUUUCUGUUCUCGCCGUUAGCUUGCGAAGAAGAAUGGCUUCUCGUCAGGACCAAGCUAGCUACCACGCCGGUGAGGCCAAGGCCCGCGCCGAGGAGAAGACGGGGCACAUGAUGGGCGCGGCGCAGGAGAAGGCGAGGGAGGCCAAGGACACGGCCUCCGACGCCGCGGGCCGCGCCAUGGACCGGGGCGGCGACGCCAAGGAGGCGACCAAGGAGAAGGCCUACGAGGCCAAGGACGCGGCGUCGGACGCCACGGGCCGCGCCAUGGACAAGGGCCGCGGUGCAGCGGAGGCCACCAAGGAGAAGGGCUGCGAGGCCAAGGACAAGGCGGCCGGGACCGCGCAGCAGACCGGGAGCUACAUCGGGCAGACGGCCGAGGCGGCCAAGCAGAAGGCGGCCGGCGCCGCGCAGUAUACCGUGGACACCGCGCGCGCGGGCGCGGAGCAGACUGGGAGCUACGUCGCGCAGACCGCCGAGGUUGCCAAGCAGAAGGCCGGCGCCGUGGCGCAGUACGCCGUGGAUACUGCCGUCGCCGGCAAGGACAAGACUGGCAGCCUCCUCGUGCAGGCAGGGGAGACGGUGAAGGGCGCGGCGGUGGGGGCCAAGGACGCGGUGAUGAACACGAUCGGAAUGGGCGGCGACACCACAAACGGCAGCGCCAACGUCCCAGCCAAGGACACGAGCACUUACAAGCCUGCCACUCGGGAUUACUAAUUGUGCCAGUGUCAAAGCACACCCUGAUGUAUCUUCUCAAGUUGUAGUUCGAUUUCUACAGAGUCCAUCUGUUACAUCUUUGGUUUCUAAUUUAGCGUUUACCCCGUGGAGGUUGUCACUUGUCAGGACCUAGCCAAAUGUUAGAGGCAGGCAUUCCUGACUCCUCCCUUCCAUGCUUUAUUUUUCAGAGUCUAAUAAAGUUUGCAAUUAGAAAUCA